AUGAAGGGUAUAGUAUGGUCACACUGCUGGACACUCGCCUCCCUGUGCAUAUCCCUGCUCACUUCUACCGGGGUGGCACAGGGACAGGCCCCCGCAUCGGAUAUAGUUAAGUGGGACAAGUAUUCGAUUUCAGUCCAUGGAGAGCGUCUUCUUCUUCUUUCUGGUGAAUUUCAUCCCUUCCGUCUUCCCUCGCCCGGCUUGUGGCUCGAUGUGUUUCAAAAGGUCCGUGCCUUGGGGUACUCGUGUGUUUCAUUCUACGUUGACUGGGCACUCCUUGAGGGUGAACCUGGCGAGGUCAGAGUGGAUGGGGUAUUUGCCCUGGAGAAGUUCUUCGCGACCGCCAGCGAAGCGGGUAUCUACCUGAUCGCCCGGCCAGGGCCCUACAUUAACGCCGAGGUAUCCGGGGGUGGAUUUCCCGGGUGGCUAUCACGACUCAAAGGGCGAGUGAGAUCAUCAGACAAAGAAUAUUUUGAUGCUAUUACACCCUAUAUUUCGACCAUUGGAAGCGUGAUUGCUAAAGCGCAAGUCACAAACGGUGGACCGGUCAUUCUCCUGCAGCCUGAGAAUGAAUAUACCCUGUGUGAGGAAUCGUUGGACACAUCCUGCCUUGACAAGGCGUAUAUGGCCUACAUCGAGAAAGAAUAUCGAAAUGCAGGGAUUGAGGUCCCUUUUAUCGUGAACGAUGCCGUUCCUUUAGGCAACUUUGCGCCGGGGACCGGACUGGGCGCUGCGGAUAUCUACGGCUUCGAUUUUUACCCGCUAGGCUGGGAGGCUGGUCGUUCUGAUCCGUCUAAUUGGUCGUCACUUCGAAACCCACUUCAAUCCUACGAUGCUGCUGCCCGAGAUAAGAUCAACCCGGGUGGGCUAUUGGCAAUUUUAGAAUUUCAGGGAGGUGUUCCCGAUGCAUGGGGUGGAGUUGGCGUUCAGACACAGGCGGCGCUUAUCAAUCACGAGUUUGCCCGGGUUUUCUACAAACUGAAUUAUGGGCUACGAAUCGCUAUUCAGAAUCUUUACAUGGUCUUUGGCGGAACCAAUUGGGGAAAUCUUGGCCAUCCAGGCGGCUAUACGUCCUACGACGUUGGAGCAGCCAUCGACGAAAAUCGCGGGAUCAGUCGUGAGAAAUACAGCGAGCUGAAACUACAAGCCAAUCUUCUAUCGGCAUCCCCUGAAUAUCUGACCAUGAAGCCAAAGCCCAGCACUUCUGGGGUUUACACGGAUAGCAAUGACCUCCUUGUUACGCCGUUAUCAGGAUCUUCUACCUCUUUCUAUAUCGUUCACCACCGAGACCUUGAGUCACAGAAUUCCGUUUCUUACAAACUUAAAGUGAAAUCGACGCUUGGUAACUUCGUUAUUCCACAACUAGGAGGUUCACUCAUGCUCAGCGGUCGAGAUUCCAAGGUUCAUUUGGUGGACUACGACAUCGGAGGAAUCAAAUUGGUCUAUUCGAGCUUUGAAAUGCUAACAUGGAAACGGGCCAGCUCUAAAACUGUUCUUGUGCUUUACGGUGGCCCAGGCGAGACCCAUGAGUUCGCGGUCAAAGCGAGCCUUGGGGCCUUCACGCAAGUUGAAGGCCGCGAUGCCACACACAAGAAGCUUGGCUCACUAUCUGUGGUCCAGUGGAAGGUGGACAAUCGCCGCCGGGUUGUCAAGUUCGGCUCUCUUGAGGUUCAUUUGUUGUCUCGAAACCAGGCCUACAAUUACUGGGUCAUCCUGCUCCCUGCUCCACAGCCUAAAGGUCUGUAUGCAUCGCCUUCUCGAGCAAACGACGCGGUCAUUGUGAAAGCGGGAUACCUGGUUCGGACUGCAAUUAUUGAUGGGGAAAACCUCCGUCUGACAGGUGACAUCAACAGUACAACUGAGAUCGAAUUGAUAUCCGCACCAAAGAAGAUUUCUUCGCUUUAUUUCAACGAGCAGAAAGUUAACACCAAACCUACCAACGGACGAUUGACGGGGACAGUGGAUUUCAAGGCGCCUGCCAUCACGCUCCCAAACCUGCAAGACAGCCCGUCCUGGAGCUACAUCGACUCACUGCCAGAGAUCAGCGACGAGAACCCAUACGACGAUGAUCUUUGGACGAGGUGCAACCUCACGGGAACAAACAACCCGAGAAAACUCUCUACACCCACCUCCCUAUAUGCCUCAGACUAUGGCUACCAUGCCGGCUCCUUGCUGUACCGUGGCAAAUUUGUAGCUAUGGGGGUGGAGUCGGCGAUAGACCUCUUGAUCCAAGGUGGGUAUGCAUUCGCCUACUCUGUAUGGUUGAAUUCCACCUAUCUGGGAUCGUGGCCUGGAUCCCCGACACAAAGCUUCCACAAGCAAACCUUCAAGUUCCCGGCUAAGCUGGACGCCGAUUCAUCGCACACACUGACCAUAUUGAUUGAUCAUAUGGGAAUGGAGCAAAACUUCCUCGUGGCUACCCAGCAGAUGAAAGACCCCCGAGGAAUCCUUGACUACAACCUAGCCGGUCGCAACCAAUCCGCGAUUAUCUGGAAACUCACCGGCAAUUUCGGCGGCGAACAUUACUUCGAUCAUACUCGAGGCCCGCUGAACGAAGGAGCAACCUUUGCCGAACGAAAGGGCUACCAUCUCCCCGGGGCACUGCUGACACGGUUCCCGAAGAAAUCUCCCUUCCAAGAACUCCCCGCGAAUGGGGUUGGAUAUUACGCUACGCGAUUUGACCUCAACAUUCCAGCUGGUUAUGACAUCCCGCUUAGUUUUAUCUUCAAAAAGUGUAUGCUCGAUGGAGGCCUUGCUAAGUUCCGUGUCGUGCUGUAUGUCAAUGGAUGGCAGUUUGGGAAAUAUGUCAACAAUAUUGGACCGCAGACAAGGUUUCCUGUUCCCGAGGGAAUUUUGAAUUAUAACGGAGUUAACACCGUGGCUCUUAUUGUGUGGACUCAGGAGGACUCUCCCUUGAAGUUAUGUGGGUUAGCGCUUGAGACUGAUGCUAUCGUUCAGAGUGGCUAUCGCAAGCCAUCCUUGGUGGAGGGUGAGACUUGGAAGAUUAGGUCGGGGAGCUAUUAG